UGACCAGGAUAAAUGAUGAAAAGCAUAAUCAAAUGAUGAGAGAUAACAUGUUCUUUAAGCCCUGGUGAGAAAACUCACUAUUAAUUAAAAUAAGCAUAAUUAAAAAAAAAAAAAAGGAAUAAAUAAUGAGCAUCUAACAGUCACGGUGUUUGCUGUUUUUAGCUUCAGUCACAUCUUUCUUCUGAUUAUUUCAGCUUUUCUGAAGGCUUCACCAGGUUGGCCACAUCCAGCAGGGUGAAAGUCCACUUUCCUUUGUGCGCAUGUGUGUGAGAGAGCAAGAAAAAGUGAGCGGAGGCGUGGCACUCCCCCUGGAUUUACCUCCUGCAGCUCUCAUUCACAGACACUGCUCUGCCGGGGCGACUCUUCAGCUGAGACAUGAGUGGACGAUUCGGAGACCUGAGCCCAAAGCAGGCUGAGAGUCUCUCUGAGUUUCGGGAGAGGAUUCAGGAUGUCCUCCCCAGCCUACCGGCUCACCAUGACCACUACCUCCUCCGCUGGCUCCGAGCUCGUAACUUCAAUGUUCAGAAAUCAGAAAACAUGAUCAGAAAGCAUGUGGAGUUCAGGAAGCAGAUGAAAGUGGACACCAUCAUAACUGACUGGAAACCUCCAGAGGUGAUUGAGAAGUAUGUAUCCGGUGGGAUGUGUGGCUACGAUCGAGAGGGGAGUCCCAUCUGGUACGAUGUGAUUGGUCCUCUGGACCCCAAAGGACUGCUGCUGUCAGCAACCAAACAGGACUUCCUGAAGACCAAGAUCAGACACAUUGAGACGCUGCAGCGAGAGUGUCAGAGGCAGUCUGAGAAGCUUGGGAAGAACAUCGAGUCCAUCACUCUGAUUUAUGACUGUGAAGGAUUAGGACUGAAGCACAUUUGGAAACCUGCUAUUGAGACUUAUGGGGAGAUCCUCACCAUGUAUGAAGAAAACUAUCCUGAGGGGCUAAAAAGGGUGCUUCUCAUUAAAGCUCCCAAAUUGUUUCCGAUGGCCUACAACCUGAUCAAACACUUUCUGUGUGAGGAAACACGACGGAAAAUCAUGGUUUUAGGAAGUAACUGGCAGGAAGUGCUGCGCAAGCACAUCGACCCAGACCAGCUUCCUGUUGUGUACGGAGGGACCUUGACCGACCCUGAUGGGGACCCUAGCUGCAGAACCAUGAUCAACUACGGUGGUACUGUUCCCAAGCUGUACUACGUGCAGGAAUCUGUGAAGGUCCAGUAUGACAGCAGCGUUACCGUUGGCCGUGGAUCAAGCUUGCAGCUGGAGUACGAUGUCCCUGCUCCCAGCAGCCUCCUGAGGUGGCAGUUUGCCAGUGAUGGAGCAGACAUCGGGUUUGGAGUGUACAGGCGCACCAAGGACGGCAGGAGUCAGAAGGUAGCUGAGAUGAUGCAGGUUCUUCCUAGCGAACGCUACAAUGCUCACCUGGUCCCUGAAGACAGCUGUCUCACCUGCAAUGAACCAGGAGUCUAUGUGCUGUGUUUUGACAACAGCUACAGCAUCCUCCAGUCCAAGAAGGUGAGCUACAAUGUGGAAGUCAUUCCUCCUCCAGACGAAGAGAUGCCGACUGCAUGCAGCAGUGGGGACUUGACGCUGCAGUGAGGACGUAGCCACCUGAAACAUCUCAGAUUUUCAUCAACAGCGGCGGACAGUAAAAUUCACAGUUGCCUCAUGCCAGCUGGAUUAACCUCAGCAUCUCUCAGUGCAUUGCGUAUUAGUUUCUAAUUGUUUGGACCCUUAAUUAUGAAGCUAAUUAAUACAAGGAUGAGGAACAAUACUGUGAAUGUAGUGCAUUAAAACUUUGACGGUGCAAAAAAGAACUGAACUAUGGAGGUCUUACAAGCAGUUAAGUUGACAAUCUGUAGUUAUUAAAGCAUACAUUGACAAAACAAGAAAAUGGUGAAAUUCACAAUUCAAUGAUUUGUGAUCAUUUUCCAGACUAAAUUGUUUAGUUUUGAUUUAAGUGCCUGCAAGGUUAAGAUCAUGGACACAAGACAUAAUUAUAUGUUCUUUACUAAAGAAUGAAUCUUUGUAUUGUGCUGCAGUCUAUACUGCCACCUACAGGCCAGUUUUGGGUGUAUUCAAGGUCACAAUAGCAGCUCCCUCACAUUAUCUGGCUGUGCUUCCAGCACUUUAUUGAUGUUACUUUGGUACAGAACACAGCUUUAUAAAUGUCUGGCAAAUGUCUCUUCCUGAAAUUACAAACUAAAGAAAAAAAUGUAAAACCACUGAAAUGUUUGAAAACCAGUGUAUACAUUUUCCUCCUUGUACAUUUUUAUGUCCUCUGUAGCUGUUUUUGUCUGCCUGUAGCAGUUGUGUACAUCUUCAGAAUGCUUAACUUUUGCUCAAAUGUGUUUCUAGUUGAUUUUUCCAUCCAUUGUGGUGAUAAUUUUGAGCAACACUAGAUGUAUAAUCUAUCCAUGAAACUACCUGACUGAUCUUUUUGUGUUAAACCGUCUUUGAUAGCAGCCAAAAAAAAAAAAAACGAGAGAGAUAGACAGCACUGAAAUAUUGGUUUUUCCAUGUUAAGUUGUUAAAAUAGAAAAUAGAUUGUUUUGAGUAACAAGCUAGAAACUGUUGAGGCAUGUCGUAAAUAUAUUUGAAUUUAUGAACACUUCAUUAUAUAAAGGUUAACUACGUUGUUGUAUUGCAAUAAAAAUAAAUAAUGUCUAAAUGUGCCAAAUAAAUUUUAAAAUUGCUUCCCAAACCCUA